GUCUCCGGAAAAUGUGGUACAUUUACUUGCACCACUCUGCAAAGAUGUGUUAUCACACACUCCGGACCAAGGUGUUUACGGAUAGGUUGUGAAGUGCCCAAAAUAAAAAAUGCUAUUUAUAAUGGUGGUAUCCUUCUGUUCCGGAACUCGAUGGAGUGUAAAGCUGGAUACAAGGGUUUAAAUCAGGUGUUCUGUGAAGACUGGGGAUUGGAUAAGAAUAUCACUGCAGAGUUUAAAUGUUAUAAGGAAUCCUUGGGCUGGAUACUGGUCUACCGAAGUCAGACUGGAUUGAACACAUCGGACUAUUUUUCGUUCCUCUCUAACGGAACAGGCGAUGAAACUAACGAGAAUUUUGACGACGAUCAAUGUGCCACAAUAGCAAAGUCCCCCCUGUGUUUUUCAGACUACAGAACAUCACUGAUUGACCAAUGGGACUCGCUGAAUAUUUCUCAAGUACGAGUCCAAUUGCACAAAAGUGGUACGACGGUGGCUGAGGUGGUUUUCAAUGGGACGGGUACAACAAAUAUAAACUGGUUUUCCCCAGACCGAAUCCUGUCAAGCUCUUGGUCUGAUGUAACCCCUAGCCAGACGUACAACUAUUUCUCUAUAGAAGGACAUAGGAAUGAGUUCAAACUGGAUGAUUUUGCUACAGAAAGUAACGAAGUGUGCUGCAAGUGA